AUGGUGCCAAAGUACUUCAGGAGAGCGCGCUCUUCUUUGGAGUCAGUGUUCAGGUGGGGCCACAGAACUCCCCAGGUCUGGGACUUGAUAACCAUCUCGAAAGCCCAUUGGGGGUCACUCCUGGAGCCCUGCGUGCCCUUUCCCCCCCAGGCUGGGUGCAGAGAGGCGGCGGGGACGCCACCUUCGUCUCCAGCGGAGAGCGGGCGCGCCCAGGUGCGCCGGGCCGCGCCCGGGCGGGCGGAGCCGCCGGCGGGGAGCCCGCGGAGCCUCGCAACCAUGGAGCCCGGAGAGGCGCUGCCCGCCAGCCCGUCCUGCCGUGCGGGUGCUGUGCUCUCUUUUUCUUGCCGUGACUCCUGCCAGGCAUGGUGCCAGAUCAUCAACGUGUCUGAGUCACGCUCUCCUCUCCUCACCUCUAUGGAGGGGACAGACAAUGAAACACACUGGAGCAUUUCCAUGCCUUCUGGAAGCAAAUACCACCUCUACAUUGGCUUGACUUUGGCUAUAGGCUCCAGUAUCUUUAUUGGUUCUAGUUUCAUACUGAAGAAGAAAGGACUUUUGAAACUGGCAGACAGAGGAGUCACCCGAGCUGGACAAGGUGGAUAUUCUUAUUUGAAGGAAUGGCUUUGGUGGGCUGGACUGCUAUCAAUGGGAUUAGGAGAAGCUGCAAACUUUGCUGCCUAUGCCUUUGCACCUGCAACCUUAGUUACCCCCUUGGGUGCACUGAGUGUUCUCAUAAGUGCUAUAUUGUCAUCCUAUUUUUUAAAUGAGAAGCUGAAUAUUCAUGGAAAGCUGGGCUGUGUACUGAGCAUUUUGGGAUCAACAGUCAUGGUUAUCCAUGCUCCAGAGGAGGAGGAGGUCACCUCUCUAGAUGAGAUGGAAAGAAAGCUGCAAGAUCCAGCGUUUGUUACAUUUGCUGUUCUGCUAACAAUCGUUGCCCUUGUCCUGAUCGUUGUUGUGGCUCCAAAGAGAGGUCAGACAAAUAUACUGAUCUACGUUUUAAUUUGUUCACUCAUCGGUGCCUUCUCUGUCUCAUCUGUGAAAGGCCUGGGCAUUGCCAUUAAACAGAUGCUGCAGAGGAAGCCAGCCUAUCGCCAUCCACUGGUUUACAUUUUGGUGGGCAUCUUGGUGCUCUCAGUCAGCACCCAGAUCAACUAUCUCAACAAAGCACUGGACGUGUUCAACACAUCCCUGGUGACACCCAUUUAUUACGUGUGCUUCACUACGACAGUGGUGACGUGCUCCAUCAUCUUGUUCAAGGAGUGGAGUAGUAUGGAACUGGGUGAUAUCAUUGGAACCCUGAGUGGAUUCUGCAGCAUCAUCAUUGGCAUAUUCCUACUGCAUGCUUUCAAAAACACUAACAUCACCUGGAGUCAGUUGAUGUCCACUGUUGCUAAAGAACCAUCACUGCCCCAGCAUGAAUUUGAAACCAGUCACACUUUGCUGGAGAGCAUGGAAGACCCAGCUUUGGCAUAUGAGGAGGACAACGUUUUAUUCAGUCAGUGAAACACUCAAGCAGGGUUCAUCAGACAUUGCAAACUCAGCCCACCCAUUUUUACUAGAAUGCUCUACUUUUCUGCAGUCCUAUUGAAAUUUGUCUGUGAGGCCUGUUAAGUGUGGACCACUCCUCUUUAUGUCAGCUAUUGGCAGUAAUGAGUGAAAAUGUUCAGUAAUUAGCAUGACAGAAACCCGGGGGUGAUUAUAGGUUAGGCGAUGAAAAACAUGAUCCUUUUUUUAUGCAGCAUCUCUUCUUGGGAAAUUUUAGCAAAGAAGAAUGGUCUUUGUAAGCCAUGUAUAAAAAAUGGAAUUUUCUUUUAAUGAUAAAAGAAAAUCCUUGCUGAAGUGGCAGGUACUCUGCUAUUAUCUUGGUGAUGGCCUUAAUAUUUCUGGCUUUCUUUAUGUUUUUAUAAUUUAUUGCCAAGUGAGCUUGCAGAUACUCUACAUGAAGGAUAUUCAUUGGAGACAUAAUAUGAAGAAAACAGUGUUUUUAACCCCUUUAGUUUUUAAUACAAACUUUUA